GGAACUGAGAGGACAGCUUGUUAAAUCAUCUCUAUAGCACCGACAUUAUCUGGAUCUGAUGCCACCCAAGAAGAAACCCAUUAAGAAUUCUGGUCUAGAUAUUCCUGCUGGAGAAGAAGAUGAGAAAGAAGAUGUAGUGAGCAUGAGAGAGGCCAUUCUCGAACAGGAGCACCACCGCUUGACAGAAGAGCAUGAAAGACUGAGGAGUCAAAUGGAGAAGCUUCACAGGGAGAAUGAGUUUCUUCAGGAAGAGGCUGAGCAGGUCCGGGUGGAAAGCCAGGAGUAUAUGUCUUAUAUGAGUAAGAAAAGUCAGCGUCGCCAGGACACUAUUGUCAGCCUGAGUGACCAGAACCAGAGGGACCUGGAGAACUUGAGACAGCAAAAUAAAAAUCUUCAGGCACAUUUCCAGGAAGAAGAAGCAAAGCUAAGGGAGCAAUUAUUCCACAGAGAAAAAAAAAUGGCAAAGCUGGCCAGCGAGAUUCAAGAGUUGAGCCCAUUGAAAGAGCUAAAGAGGGAACAGCUUUCACAAAUAAAGAAGAUGGAGGAGGAGGUGAUGGCCACUCGGGGGGAACACGCAGAGACUCUGCUCAGGGUGAAGAGUGCCUUUCUACGGGAAAAGAAACAGUGCCAGUUGGACUCAGAACACCAACUGGUCCAUUUGUCCCAGACUGCCCAGGCGGAGGCCAAGAAGGCAUUGUUGAAAGUCAGUACAAAGAUAAAAGAAGAAAACCAGCUUCUACGGCAGGAACUUCACCAUCUCAUUCAUCGCGCCCGCAUUCUACAGGCCCAGAAACAGAAAUUAAUGGAUCAAAACCAGCAGCUACGAAGGGAGGAACAGUGCCGUGCGGACUUAGGAAACAUUAUGCUCCAAAUGAAAAUGCAGUAAA